CCUCACCAAAUCACAAACCUAGGAUUUUCAUUUUACUUGGUCUCCUCCCUAGAAUCCUGGCCACAGGUGUGCAUGGUUUCUCUUCCAGGAACCCUUGCCUGAGGUUGCUAUGGAGAUAGGACGCUGCAACUUGCGGAGCCGCCUGGACCCAGAAAUCGCUUAGCCGACCUCAGCAAACCGACUGUUUUGCGUUGCCUCUUUCCAUAUCUGCACUCCCCCCUUCAUCCAGAACUUUGUUUUUUCUUGACUCCUUCCAUGGAAGACUUGACAUCCCCGAAGCAAGAAAAAGAAAACCAAGAACUGGGGGAAGCAGGGCGGCCAUGGGAAGAAAUAGCAGCUUCUUCCCAAGAUCCCGAGUCUGCGUUAUCUGAGCCCCUGGAGUCGGAGCAGUGGCCGGAAACUGGACCCCAACCCAGAAGCAGCCUUCCUCAGAGCCCACUGUCUAGAUCCAGCACUCCUCUGGAUGACCUCCGGGGACCAGGUGCAUCAUCUCCACCUUCCCCUCCUCAGGAGGCCUCUUUCACUCCUUCAACCCUGGCUCUGGCCGGACAGGAGCUUGCGAUCCCGUGGCAGUCAGACAAAACCGCUGUGAAUGUGAAUCCCAAAGCUGGGACACCUCGCUCCCAGCAUUUGGAACUACCCACUAUCUCUGAUAAAGGAGAAUCGACUGCUCCUCAAACAUGCCAAUCAGAGGGAAACACCUUUCAACAGUCUCAGCAAACCAAACGUCUCCUGUAUGGACCAGAAGAUGUGAGCGAUAACAACUCUAAACAAAAAGAGCUGACAUUUAACGUUUUUCAGGAGGAGGACUCAAACAGUAACUAUGAUCUGGAUCAUGCUGAGUCUGGGGUCUCUGAAGUGGCCCCCAGCCUGCUUGAGAUUGCCAUUCAGAGUGCUAAGGCUUACCUACUGAAGACCAGUAGCAAGUCUGGCUUAAAUUUAUAUGAUCAUCUUUCUGAUAUGCUGACCAAGGUCUUAGAUGAGCGUCCUGAAAAUGCUGUGGACAUCAUUGAAAGUAUCAGCCAAGAUGUGAAGAUGGAACAUUUUAGGAAAAAAUUAGAUACACUCCAAAAUGAGAAUGAGAUGCUUCCAAUAUAUGAAAUAGCAGAGAAGCAAAAGGCUCUUUUUCUCAAUGGAAAUUUGGAAGGAGCCGACCAAGAACUGGAAGAUGAAAUAGCAGAAAACUCUCUCCCAAAUGUAAUGGAGUCAGCUUUUUAUUUUGAACAAGCUGGAGUUGGUUUGGGCACCGAUGAGACUUAUCGCAUAUUUCUUGCCCUCAAGCAGCUUACUGACACCCACCCAAUCCAAAGAUGCCGCUUCUGGGGCAAGAUCUUGGGUCUGGAAAUGAAUUACAUUGUAGCGGAAGUAGAAGUCCAUGAGGGAGAAGAUGAAGACGACGUAGAAGACGAAGAUGUAACGGAAGAGAGGGACGAUGGAGACAGCGAAGCUGAUGAAAAUGACGAAGAGGAAUUACCAAGGACAUUUUACAAGACCCCACAGCCUAUACCAAAAGAAGAAAGUAGAACAGGGGCCAACAAAUAUGUGUAUUUUGUUUGCAACGAACCAGGAGGACCAUGGGUGAAGUUACCAUCGGUUACGCCUGCACAAAUUGUUAUUGCAAGAAAGAUCAAAAAGUUUUUCACUGGGCGUUUAGAGACUCCCGUUGUAACCUACCCACCGUUCCCAGGAAAUGAGAGCAAUUACUUACGAGCGCAGAUUGCCAGAAUUUCAGCAGGGACCCAUGUCAGCCCUCUGGGAUUCUAUCAGUUUGGUGAACAGGAAGUAGAGGAGGAGGAAGAGGUAGAAGGCAGGCGAGAAAGCUUUGAAGAAAACCCCGAUUUUGAAGGCAUCCAAGUGACUGAUCUCGUGGAAUCCCUAUCCAACUGGGUUCAUCAUGUCCAACACAUCCUCUCUCAGGGUCGCUGUAAUUGGUUCAACCCCACACAAAAAAGUGAGGAGGAGGAAGAAGAGGAAGACGAAGAAAAAGAAGAAGAAAAAGGAGAAGAGCCUGACUAUAUGGAACAGGAAGUGGGGCCUCCUCUUUUGACACCAAUCUCUGAAGAUUUGGAAAUCCAGAAUAUACCACCUUGGACGACACAGCUGUCCUCAAAUCUCAUUCCUCAAUAUGCUCUUGCAGUCCUGAGAUCCAACCUUUGGCCUGGAGCGUAUGCCGUUUCCAACGGCAAAAAGUUUGAAAAUUUCUACAUAGGCUGGGGUCAUAAAUAUAGUCCAGACAACUAUACACCCCCAGCUCUACCACCAGUUUACCAAGAGUACCCCAGUGGAGCGGAAAUUACAGAAAUGGAUGAUCCUAGUGUGGAAGAAGAGCGGGCUUUCAAAGCCGCACAGGAGCAAGCAGCUGCUCUUCCAGUUGAAGAAAUGGAAGAAACUGAGGAAGAUGAAGAUGAGGAAGAUUAUGACCAAGAAUAGUAUCAGCCCAGUCUUGUGUGAGACUGGUACACAUAUACUGUGUGGACCCGAUUUUACAUAUAUAAUAUGUAGUAUAGAAUUACAUAAAAUUGGCACCUAUUCAUGUGCAAAAUGUCAUUCCUUGAAAAUGUCGUUUGGAAUUUCAUAUGUGCAAUAGCUAAUAUGUACUUCUAGAAAGACACUCGAUGGAUUUUCCAGAGGCUAAAGGACAUGUUCUUAUAUCGUUGUUCUAAUGGCUACAGCUAAUAGAAUAAUGUGUAUUCUUUAAAAAAAAAAAAAAAGUCUUAGGUUUAAUUUCGAAUAUGGCAAACAUGGAAAGAUGUAAUCCACAAAAUCUUCUUGGGGACUUUAAUAUUUGUCAGUGGGUGCUGGGACCAAAAUUAUUGAUAAUCCCUGAAUCAAAGCAUGUAUUUUUAACCAGUCUGUGAUACUAUAUGCAAAUAUUGUGUAUGUAUGUUUGUAUGGGGGGUGGGUUGUUUUUUGUUUUGUUUUGUUGAGGACAGGAUUUAUAAUUCUAUCACCUGCUCAAAGGCUGGGAACACUCAAAAUUUUAACACUUUUACUUGUUACUUCUUAAAAAAUGUUCUCAGCCUGCCUCCUUUAUCCUAUAGAAAUUGGUUUGAUCUGACUGGGGAAAAAUGAUCUGCACACAGAUGGCUAGCCGGGAUAUCCAAAGACUUCAGACUACAGUUUUUCUACUACUGUUUCUCUAAUAAAACUAAUUAUUAUUUCCAUUCACUAAAAAAGUAUUUUUAAGUCCUCUCUGUGCCAGGCACUCUGAGACUACUUAAAAAGUAGACAUUGCUCCUGAAAUCUUAGAGCUUCCAUUCAAGGAGGGGAAUAUGCAAAGAGAAAUAGAAAAUUAGAACAGAUUGCAACUUAGCGGAGGUAUCGUGAUAAAAAUGUCACAGGGUACCAUAGAACAGUGUUUCUCAGUCUGUGAAGUACCAAUUUAAAAAUAAAAAUUGUAACUCAACGCCAUUAUUUUUGUAAAAUAAAGUAUCACAGCAAUUCUAAUUUCUGUAAUUAUCUUGUCAAGGACUGGCAGUCCUCAGAUGACUGAUCUAUCUACACUUUGAAAAACACUGCUAUCAAACACUUAGAAGGUGCAUUUAAUCCAGACAUGAGCCUUGCAGAGAGCACUUCCAAGAGGUGGAGAACUAUGGGUAGAAGGGUCCUAGGCAGGAUCAACUGUUUUUUUGGCAAAGGAUUUUAGGCUGGAAGGAGUAGAACUUUGAGGGUGGUGAGAGAUGCACCUGGAGAGGUUAAGCAGGGCCCAGGUUGUGUGGAAUGUCUGGACUUUAUCCAGGAGCAAUGAAGACUCACCUAGGAAGUCACCAAAUCACAUCUGUAUUUCAAAACAUUUGGUUUACGUGUGGAAGACUGACUGACAGAGGAUCAAGACAGGGAGACCAGUUAGGAGAUUAUUACAUUAUCUAGAUAAAAGGUCAUGGUGGCUUGAAACAAGGUAAAGUAGAAACCUGGUUACCUGUCUG